AAAGUCACCUCGUCGUGUCGGUCAGAGGGAAGCUACUGACAGCUAGCGGAGCUAGCAUGGCCAUAGAGUUGUAGGGGGAAGGUCGACAGUAGGACAGCAGCAUCUACCUCUACCUAUUCACUCACCUGCCGUUUAUUUAUUUAUCUGUCGACACCGUUCAAGGAGGUGAAGCGGUUUUUAGAUUCUGUGGCUUUUAAAGAAAGACACCUAGCUAGCUAGCCAUUUAGCGAGCUAGCUCUAAGUUUCUUCAUUUCAGUCUGAACAUCUACAGUCAUGGCAGCGCUGAGAGCGUCCUACCACAGGAUCUUGGACAAGAUCGAGCACAUGUUGCCCGCCAAACUGAGACCUCUGUACAACCACCCUGCAGGACCUAAAACAGUUUUCUUCUGGGCCCCAGUGUUUAAAUGGGGUCUGGUUGCAGCUGGUUUGGCUGAUAUGACUCGACCUGCAGAUAAACUCAGCACCUCCCAGUCUGCGGUGCUGACAGCCACAGGGCUCAUCUGGUCUAGAUACUCGUUGGUCAUUAUCCCCAAGAACUGGAACCUGUUUGCCGUCAACUUCUUUGUCGGCAGCGCAGGAGCCUCCCAGCUCUACAGGAUCUGGAGGUACAAGCAGGAUAAGAAGGCACAGGCUAAAGAGGCUGCAGAGUCCUGAGGGCUUCACUGUUGCCAGCGCUCCACCUGCAGUGGACUGAAAGGGAGACUUCACACCAGGCACUAACCUGCCCCUUCUCAUCAUCCCAUGUUGUCUCCAUUACAUCCAUGCCAUAACCAUUAUUCUACCACAUUAAGCCUGUUGGCCCUGUUGGAAAUGUGCACUUUUCCUUAAGUUUCAAAUUUCCUCAGGGUGUUAAAAAAAAAGAAAGAAAGAAAGACGGAAAAACAGACAAACGUUUUUUUUAACUGUAAUCGACACACACUCAAGAAUGGUGGUAAUCAACGCACAAGUACUGCUUGUUCAACAAGUUGUAUGACUGUACAUUGUUUGGUUUAAGUUCAUGCUUGAUAUAUCAUGCACUAAGUGGGAAGUUUUGCUUUUUCCAUCAUUAUUUUUCAGGUGUAGCAAAUCAGUACCUCAUGCAAUAAUUUCCCAAAAAAUGUAACUCUUGGAUUUGUGUUGAACGUGGUUUAAGGAAUGUUUCCAAAUGAAAUUAAGAGGGAUGCCAUCACAUUAAUAUUUUGAUUUACUUAUUUAUAAUUUGAUUACAGUCACACCAUCUGUACCUCAGUGAUUAUUAAACCAUUAUUAAUUACCAUGUAACAAUUCCUUCCAUUGUAAUGGCUUUAAGUAUUUUAAAUCUGUGUGAGAACAAAUCCUAAUUUAUGAAUAACUGGUGACAUUUUUUCUCUUGUAGUCAAAAUUGUAUAGAAAGAUGCUGUUAUUUUCUGAUUCUUUAUCAGGAAUACUUCCACCAAUGCCACAUAUUUAACCUGUGCAGCUUUUUAUUGAUUGUUACUACACAGUCACCCAGUAAACACUGGCACUGAGACAGUAACCCUGACUCUUUAAUAUCAACGCAUCGCUUUUGAUGCCUCUGUGUUCUUAGAAAAGUGUAUAUUUUUUCUUUGACGUUUGUUUCUUUCCCACCGUAGCUUCACAGAAAAACCCUGUCGAUUUUAGCAAUAAUUGGUGUCAUCACUUUAAAAUAUUUCCUGAUCUGCUGACUGUUUGAACAAAUGGCACUUUGAAAGUUGAUCAUUAUGGCUCUGUGGCUAUGUAAUGGCUAUGUAAUGCUAAUAAAUCUGCAGUUGAUUUAAGACA